CAGGCCCUAUUUUCGGUACCUGAAUGGACAGCCCUGUCAUGACAGGUAACGCUCUGGGCACGUAGCACAGUCAGACAUAAGGUCACUUUAUUACAGUAAUCAGUCAUGGAGUAGGACGACGCUGCUAAGUGAUGGAUAACUUUGAAUAUAGUAUCCAGAUCAGUGACCGUGAUUGGGCAGAAUUCUACUCUACAGCAGAGGAAUGUGGCUUGAUGCAAGUGUCUCUGGCAGCAGAGGAGGAGCUUUUAUUCAGUGACCCAGAGCAUGAUGAUAAUACGAGCAACCCCAAGUUUAUCCGAGUCAGUCUUUGUCCUCCAAAGGAGGAGCAUCCAAAUGUACAGAGCACACCUACAGGACUGUCAACCAGUGACCACGCAUGCAACAAGAGGACAGAAUUAAGUGAAGAUGUUGUGCUCUCUGGCAGUGAAGACGAGGAAGAUUUUGGGUCUGUUUCUAGGUUUCUUUGUCAGAGGGAGGCUCUCUUGUACAAAGGGAAGAAUGCGGAAUCUAGUGAAUACAUUCCAGUUACAAAUAAAGCAGAUAUUCACUAUAUAGACAAGCCAAAUUUGGAACAAUCUGAGGAUGACGGCUUAGUGGACCAUAUGAAAUCGUUGAAUUGGUUUAGAAAACAACAAUAUGAAGGAGAAAUAAUCGAUAACCCAUCCCAAACUCUUAUACAGAGAAAUAAUAUUCCUUUAAUUGGGGAUGAAGAUGAAAAUUUAGGGCAAUGUAGCAAAACGUGUGUACCAUCUGUACAGACCGAUGUUCUUUCCAGGACCAUAAAAAGCAUGGAGGCCUUUGUGCUUCAACACAAGACUGAUGACUCAUUAGAUGGUGAUAGGCAUCCCUUAAUAAAUGAUCAUGGGUUUCAUCUUCCAGAAGGAACCCAAGAUAGGAAAAUAAAGAGAUCUGCGUUUUCGAUCUGUCCUGUUAUAUCCCCUGUCACUUCUGAACUAGAGAAAAGCAAGAGUUUUGCAGGAUGUUUUGGCGAUAGGGGUGAAAUACAAGUUCCACAAUAUUUAACUGUGAAAGAAAAUCAAGAACAAUAUGGACAUGUAAAUACAGGAAAACCUGUUGAGGAGCAUAGUGACUCCAGUAAGCACGGGGAUAUUAUGGAAGAUAAUGAUCAUAAAAUAUGUGUUGGCCUAGGAGUAGACACUGGUCUACAGACUGCAUCUAAAGCCAGGUUACAUUCCUCAGCUGUGAAGCAGAAUGUCCCAGAUCCACCUACUAGGUUAUUCACUUUGUUAGAAAGUGUGGAGUCCACUAAAACGUCUAGCAAUAAUGGAACAACAAAUGAGUUUGACACUGGAUUCCAAAGGGUCUGUACUUCCAGUUCUAGAAUGCUACCAAACAACCAUGUGCCCAGUAGUUCCACAGAGAAAAACAAACACCAUGAGAAACCUUCUGUAAAGCUCAGGUCAAUGUGCCAUAAGGACACUGCCCUCACCACUCCUGAAAUGUAUGAUUUUUUCUUUGGUGAAAUUUCAGAAACCGCAGACAUGGACACAAAACCUGAAACUCCAGGUGCGCAGCAUGAGGACGUUAUGUAUACACCCGAUAUGUAUGAAUAUUUUUUUCUUGAAAGCAAAGGUGAAGGUGAUGGAAAUAAGUCGGAAGAUAAGAAGUACGAAAAAGAUGAGCCAAGUACAGAUUUUGUCUUAAUGUCACCAGAACGACCAGAGAGUCAUCCAUCUUCAGAGGAUUUCUGCACGCCUGAUGCCUACGAGUUCUUCUUUGCUGAUGGAGAAGGUGAGCAGAGCAAUAAAGAGAAUGUGCUCAGUGGACCCGUUUACCAUGCACAGAGUGCUGCUGUGGCUUCUCUCCAAUCCUUCCUUCCACAACGGCUGUGCAACGCAAGAAAAGGGUUCACCACAAGAGGCUCCCGUUACAGAACAGACAGAGAUGGACAGCUCUUAGUAACCAGAAGACUUGGGACAACUGAAGACAGCGCUGUAGCCCUGACUGGCUCUCAGGCCCUUCGUAUACCUGCUGGCACAGGUGACGCAUGCUUGGUGCUUCUGGCCUUUGCAUCUUGGGCUGUGAAAUCUUCAGACUUGCAGUCGUCAGAUGGUUGGAAAACAGCACUGUUGGCCAACAUUGGAGCUGUCUCUGCCAUUCGAUAUUUGCGAAGAAAUUCUAGAAGGUGCUUGCAGGAAUCUCCCUCGCCAUCGGGAGAAGGACCCUGAUGUAAACAUGUUUUGUUACUUCCUAAGGAUCAUGAGCUAGGUGAUCCCAGGUCCAAUGGGAUUCAGCUUUAGGAUGGCUUUUGCAUGUCGAUAUGUCUUUAAAGCUCUUGAACCAUUCGAUGAACUAGUACAAUGCUACUAUAAGUUGAAUGUCUCCUCAUAACGUAGACACAGUGUUACUACAAACAAGGAAUCCACAGUUACCGGACAAGCCCAGGAAACAAAGAGUGUUCUAAAGGAACAGAACGUGAGUUAGAUGGCUAUGCUCAUGUAGUGAAAAGUGACACUAGAAACAAGUUAAAUGGAGUUAACUAAUGAGUUCCUUAAAGAAGCAAAGGACUGGAAGUCAGACUUUAUGGAAAUUUGAAAGAUCUUGUUAUGAUAUUAGGAUCAAUUUGUUAUUAACAGCUCGUCCUACUGUAUUUAUGUUGUAUAUUCAAUAAAGAACGCGGCAACCAACACCUGGAGGCUCAGUAGGAAUUUAGUGAAAACAGAAGUGAAUUAUAUAUUGCAAUGUUUACGCCAUAAGAGAAGCCAUUGCAUUUAAUAAAUCAUCCCUGAUUUACAUCCUG